AUGGUGAAACGGAAAAAGUCCGAGAACCCGGAUUUGACUGACAUUGACAUCAUCGGGAAACUUGUGGCUUACUGCUCAGAAAAUGCUCACUGUAGCGUGGAACGAGCAGGAAUGAUUGCAGGUGUGAAAAUGCGACUGGUUCCUUCUGACGACGAAUUUAGAAUGCACGGUUCCAGUUUGGACGAGGCAGUGAAAGAAGAUUUGGCAAAAGGAUUGAUUCCUUUCCACGUCAGUGCUACGCUGGGGACGACAGAUUGCUGCUCGUUUGAUGACCUGUUGUCCAUUGGACCGGUGGCUCAAAAACACGAACUUUACAUGCAUAUCGAUGCUGCUUAUGCUGGGGCUGCGUUUAUUUGUCCGGAGUACAGAGAUCUGCUGAAUGGAGUCGAGUUCGCCGAUUCUUUCAAUUUCAACCCGCACAAAUGGAUGCUCGUGACUUUCGAUUGUUCGGCUUUAUGGCUGAAAAACUCGUCAGAAAUCGUUGAUGCUUUCAACGUCGAUCCGAUCUACCUCAAGCAUGACCAACAAGGUUUGGUGCCGGACUAUCGGCAUUGGCAAAUUCCUUUGGGGAGACGAUUUCGGUCCCUCAAAUUGUGGUUUGUGUUGCGACUUUACGGUGCCAAGCAGAUUCGGGCUCAUUUGCGAAAACAAAUAGCUUUGGCAGAA